GUUGACAAGAUAUUGAAAAUCAUCCCAAAAGAAAGAAGAACUUACUUAUACUCUGCAACCAUGACAAAAAAGGUAUCCAUCUUGUCAGUUACUUAAUUAUCAGAUAGACAGUGAUCUGUGUGUGAAAGUUACAGCUGUGCAAGAAACCUCUUGAUUGGACCAGUCCUAUCCCACGUCACAGAGGAAUCUGAACUCUGGUUAAGUCCAUCUGCGAAACAGCCUGGAAAUCAUUGUUGUGGGGCCCCAGUUGUGUACCAGGAUUUGAGUAAAUGCCAUGAUUAGCCUGUUAAACAAGCUAGUGUUGAUUUGUCAAUCAAGAUGAAAGGAAAUUCAAAAAGCACUUAGAACUGGUAAUUUGUUGAGUCUGUUGGAGGCCCAGAACAAGGAUAUUGGUACUGCUUCACAGACGUUACUAACCAAGGUUAAAUUAUGUCUGUGACACAGGCUGCCUGGUGCCAAUAUUACAUGUAGUAAACUAUAUUAAUUUGUUGUAAACUAUAUUUAAUUUAUAAUAUCAAAUAUUAUUAAUUUGGACACAUAUGUUGUUUUGUGUCCUGUAUUAAGAAUGUUUUAGUACUGUACUUUGUGAAACAUGUAAGCCCUUUGCAGACUACAAUCUAAGAUCAGUGGAACCAGUUUGUACUAACAUUUCACUUGCAUAGAGUCUCAUUUGAAUCCCCUUUCUGUGUUGUUAUCCUUAAUUAAUGUUUGAAAUAUCAAAACUUGUAUAAUAAGAAAUGGUCAGCAAAUUUUCUCUUGAAUCUCUCUCCCUUUUCAUAGGUUCAAAAACUUCAAAGAGCAUCCUUACAAAAUCCGGUCAAAGUUGAGGUUGCAACAAAGUAAGUUUUUAAGGUAUUAAAUGUUUUAUGUAUGAUUAUCCUAGAUUAUCAGAAUGAAUGGAAACACAAAGCUGUGUAUGAUAUAAUGUAAAAAAUAGAAAGCAUGGCUUCCUCUUCUUACUUAAAUUAAACAGAUGGCUUGUGUUAUUUGUUAGUAUGGCCCAGACAGCAGGGGCAUACAUGAUUGUAGUUCAGAGAGAAGUUCAAGUUUAAAACUAAACUACUAGUAAUCACUAUUAUUAUAUACUUUACAAUGAGUCUUGUGCUCUUUUUCUUUCUAGAUAUACAACAGUAGACAAAUUACAACAGAGUUAUUUAUUUAUUCCAAAUAAAUAUAAGGUA